AUGAGCAGGUCGGAGUCGGCGCCGGGGGCAGCACCGGCCGUGGUGGUGAAGACGGUGGACCUGCAAACGGCGGCGACACCGGACGUGGGGGCAACGACGGUGGACGUGCAGACGACGGUGGCACCGGACGUGGGGGUGACGACGGUGGACGUGCAAAUGGCGGCGGCACGGGCCGUGGCGGUGACGACGGUGGACGUGCAGACGGCGGCGAGGGAGCUCCAGGAGCAGCAGGACGGCAUGAUGUACCUGGACGUGAGGACGGAGGAGGAGAUGGGGAAGGGCCACAUCCGCGGCUCCCUCAACGUCCCCUACUUCUUCGUCACGCCACAAGGGACCCGGGAGAAGAACCCACGGUUCGUGGAGCAGGUCGCCUCGCUCUUCAGCACAGACCAACACAUACUCGUCUUGUACUACUAUACUACUACCACUAAUCAUCCAUGGAUGGAGGAGCAGGGGUGUCAGAGCGGCAAGAGGUCCGAGCUUGCCUGCAUCGAUCUUCUAGCAGCUGGAUUCAUGAAUGUGAAGAACGUGGGAGGAGGCUACGCUGCAUGGCUGCACAACGGACUCCCAGUGACAGUAGCAGUCCCCACGCCGCCACCAACACCUGAAUCUGCUGCAGCAAUCUGA